AUGAAGAUCGAGUGUAUCGUUUGCGGAGACUUCAAGGAGCCGGAAGACUUCUCUUCGUCCCUGAUUACACAAGAAUGCAAACAUUUCCCCACAACAUGUUUAGAAUGUUUGAGACGCGCUCUGAGAUCUGAGCUGGAGCGGAAACACUGGGAGGCAAUCAAGUGUCCGCAGUGCAGUGCCAUUUUUAAAUACCAGGACAUACAAAAGAUCGCAGACGAUGAAACAAAGGGGAAAUACGACACUCUGAUAAUACAACGUGCGGUCAAGGAUGAUCCCAACUUCAUAUGGUGCUCCUCUGACUGUGGCUCUGGUCAGCUUCAUGAGGGAGGCAGCGACGAGCCAAUCAUGAAGUGCAACUCUUGCGGCAACUUGACUUGUUCUCAACACAGAGUAGCUUGGCACAAAGGAUUGACAUGCGAGCAGUACGACGAAAAGGAGGCAGCACGCCAUACAAAAGAGGAUAAAGCCAGUGCAAAAACGAUCAAACAGGUAACAAAAUCCUGUCCAAAAUGCAAGGCACAUAUUGAGAAGAAUGGAGGAUGGUGA